GUUGUGGAUCUGUCUUGAACGUAAAUGGGGAAGUUGAAAUGGAUGCCAGCAUCAUGAACGGAAAAGACCUGUCUGCAGGAGCCGUGUCUGCAGUCCGCUGUGUAGCAAAUCCCAUUAAACUUGCGCGGCUUGUUAUGGAAAAGACACCUCACUGCUUUCUGACUGACCAAGGUGCAGCAAAAUUUGCAGCAGCCAUGGGGGUUCCAGAGGUUCCUGGAAAGCAGUUGGUAACAGAGAGAAACAUAAAGCGCCUUGAAAAGGAGAAGCAUGAGAAAGAUGCUCAGAAAUUAGACUGUCAAAAAAACUUGGGCACUGUGGGUGCAGUUGCCUUGGACUGCAGAGGAAACGUGGCUUAUGCAACCUCUACGGGGGGCAUCGUUAAUAAAAUGGUCAGCCGAGUAGGGGACACACCGUGUAUAGGAUCUGGAGGUUAUGCUGACAAUGACAUUGGAGCCGUUUCAACGACGGGGCACGGGGAAAGCAUCAUGAAGGUGAAUCUGGCCAGACUCGCUCUCUUCCACGUGGAACAGGGAAAGACGUUGGAAGAGGCUGCUGACAUCUCGUUGGGUUAUAUGAAGUCGAAGCUCAAAGGUUUAGGUGGCAUCAUCUUGGUCAGCAAAGCAGGAGACUGGGCAGUAAAGUGGACCUCUGCGUCCAUGCCCUGGGCAGCUGUCAAGGAUGGCAAGCUGCACUCUGGAAUUUAUCUUGAUGACACCGGUAUCACUGACCUGCCCUAAGCCCUGGAAGAUUGUAUUCUAGAUGCUAGCUUGGAGGUCAAGUACAGCUUCCUGUGUGGAGACUCAGCUUAAUCAAUUAGAUGUAGAAAUGGAAAAAGCCUGCAGUUUAUCACUCCUUUGGUUGCCUUAAUCAGUAAGUAUCUGAGUGCUUUUUCAUGUGUAGAAGAUAAACAAAUAC